AUGACAUUAACCCCAGUCCUAAUGGAAUCUGUCAUAGUUGCUCCAUGCCAAACAACCUUGGCAGACGUCAAUUCAGCUUUAUCGACUGCAUACAUUAUUUGUAAUAAAUAUUUAGUGAUAAUCCAUAAAAAAUAUUAUAAAAAUCCAGUACUAGUAUCAUCCAUAAGUAUAUACCGUAACCUUGUAUAUAAAUUAAACACUGAACUAUUACCUUCCUUAUAUAAAAUGAAUAUCUAUACCACCUUGUUUCUAUACGUUUUCCUUCUAUUGAACAACAAUAUAGUUGAUUCACUGAAACUUCAAUUUACAUUUAAUAAUAGCAAAAAAAUUAACGAUAAAGAUAGGUACUGGCUGCUGAAGGUUAAUGAACAUGAAGGCCACUAUUUCUUCUUCGGCCAUGCCAGGUGUAGCAAAAUUGUAGCUGACGGAACCACAUUGUGGAAAGUUAAACAAAAUGGAAUGUGUCCGGGUGGAGUCAGCUACUAUGGUACAGAUGAGGUAGCCAUCAACUUUCCUGAAGAAUUGCUGUUCUUUAAAAAAUCAAACGGUGAAUGGGUGAAAACUACUCCACCUAAUGAAACUGUUAAAGGAAAUUUGGAGGCAGCUGUUAUUGAAUCAGACCAAGAUGCUAAGAACAAAAAGGAUCAUCCGGCUGCAGAAGAAAUACAGCUACCAGUUAAAUCUUAUAAGGAACCAGAUUAUGACCUACCGAGAGACAUUAAGAUCGAGUUGACGACUGACUGCUAUAAGCAAAAAACACAGCCUUCGGAAGAACAAGUGGCUAAACCGACACAGCCAGAACCAGCCCAGUCUGUUGCAGAAGAUGCAGAAGACAGUAGUGCUACUCCCGCCGCACCUGAGAGUGGGUCAACCUAA